GGUGCGCUUAAAGUCGCCCUAGAGAAGUCUGGGUGGAAAGAGGCGGGCUGUGGGGCAGAUUGGGUCAGGCACGCGCGAGGGCAGCCCCGGAGGGCCGUCCCAGAGGCCCCCGCGCCACCCGGGUCCUAACAGGCAGCACCGCUUUCCGACACAUGUGCGUGCAGCGCGAUGCCCAAAUCCAAGCGCGACAAGAAAGUUUCCUUAACCAAAACUGCCAAGAAAGGCUUAGAACUGAAACAGAACCUGAUAGAAGAGCUUCGGAAAUGUGUGGACACAUACAAGUACCUUUUCAUCUUCUCCGUGGCCAACAUGAGGAACAGCAAGCUGAAGGACAUCCGGAACGCCUGGAAGCACAGCCGGAUGUUCUUUGGCAAAAACAAAGUGAUGAUGGUGGCUUUGGGUCGGAGCCCAGCUGACGAGUACAAGGACAACCUGCAUCAGGUCAGCAAGAAGUUGAGGGGUGAGGUCGGUCUCCUUUUCACCAACCGCACCAAGGAGGAAGUGAAUGAGUGGUUCACGAAAUACACAGAAAUGGACUUCGCUCGAGCUGGAAACAAAGCAACUUUCACCGUGACCCUGGACCCGGGACCCCUGGAGCAGUUCCCCCACUCCAUGGAGCCACAGCUGAGGCAGCUGGGCCUGCCCACUGCCCUCAAGAGAGGUGUGGUGACCCUGCUGUCUGACUACGAGGUGUGCAAGGAGGGCGACGUGCUGACCCCAGAGCAGGCCCGCGUGCUGAAGCUUUUUGGAUAUGAGAUGGCUGAAUUCAAGGUCACCAUCAAAUACAUGUGGGACGCACAGUCUGGAAGGUUUCAGCCAAUGGGAGAGGACUUGCCUGAGAGUGCGCCCGAGUCAGCAGAAGAAUCAGAGGGUGAAGACGACUGACAGGCGCUUGGGGCCAGGACACGUGGGACUGCCGCCCCAUUGGGGGAGCAGCAGGGAGCGCAAGACGGAUAGACUGCUUUUCUAUAAGGUGUAAAACUAUCUGCAGGAUGGCUCCCUGUGGACAACAAAGAGGAAUUUUCCUAGAAAAAAGACCUUGGCUUGGGCUUUGGUUUGGAUUCCCAGGAUGCCUUUCCUUUUCCGCGAGCCAGUUUCCCACGCUGGCUCCUGCGUGACGGCUGGGGUGGGAGAGCCGCCACCUGCACUGGCAGUUCGCUCCUCUGGCCUCUGUGUCCCCCUACUGGACACGGGGUUUGCCAAGGAAUACGGGAGCCCUGGCCGCCCUUCCUUCCGCUUUCUUCCCCUCCUCCCAAACCAGGGCCGGGAGUCUUAUAGAGAAGGAGGGACACUUUCACUAAGACCAGAGUAAAGCCACUGCUGAAACCCAGAGCAGAUAUUAAAACUGCUCAACAGCACACCGGGACCUCUUAUUCUUGGUAGUGACUCCAGCGGUAGGUUUUUACCUAAAUUGUUCUUGGUGGCGAGUAUCCCGCGAAGGAUCUCUGAGUGACAGGAAAUCUUCGGGAUGUGUGGCCCUCUUUCUCUUUUGUGUGUAGCAGCAUGAGUGCCAUCUCCAGCCGCAGUGUCGAGAGAUCAGGCUGGAUUCGGGACAGGAGGCUGGGAAGCCUAAUCCGUGCUCCUGCCCUCUCUCCCACAAGCCCUCGGGAAGGACAGGAACCAGGCUGCAGGCAGCAGAGGAAACAGAUUCAAGGUUCGCUCCCAGGCUGGGCAGCCAGGUCUAGCACCUGCUUUGUCCAAGCAGGAAGUGGCCGAGUGGACCACAGCCCCAGCCCUUUCAUGUGAAGGCAGCUGGGGAAUAGAGGAAAUAAACAGCUUGUGAACUGGGACUGGGGAGAGAAAACAGGCUCACUAAAGCCGUUUAAGGCCCAGGGUGAAAGUGAAAGACGAGGGCCUCUGCCACCUCAAGCCAGCACUGGCCCUAGCAGAAGUCAUCGGGAUGUUGGUGGCAGCCAGGUGCCAGGCUGCAUGACAGGGGGCUACAGGGGCCCUUCCUCAGUCGCCAGGUUCUGUGCCAGCUGCUCCAGGCUGGACAUGCCCAGGAUGACUGCACCCCCCGUGAGCACCUUGCAAGGGGAGACAGCCACAUGGGAACCGUUAAUGCACCAUAGCAACCAGCCCUGCCCCGCCCCUGCUGAGACCUGGCGUCAGAUUCUGCCUACAUCCUAUUUUAUUCCAGAAACAAUUUAUGUCUUGAAAGCCUUGCC